AUGCACUCAGUGGCGUCUGGACUUGGACUGCCCCCCGGCGGAUUAAGCGAGCUAUUUCGGCCAGCGUCCGAACCCGCCCCCGCCGCAGCACCUUCCCCGCAGAACAUCGUAGAUGAAAAGACCGCAAAAUCGAGGUUUUUCGACACAUUGUUCGAACCUUUCCAAGCCGCCACGAAAAAUCUCAAACAAGCCAAAGCAGAGGCGGCAGGCGGCGACAGCGCGGCGCUAGAAAUGGUCGGUUUUCUGGAAAAAAAUAUUGCGAAGAUUAGAACCGAGAUGGCUGAAUGGGACAAGAGUCCCCUUUGAGGGACAGCCCGCGGUCCCUCCCCGAUUCCACAUGUGCAAGAGCGAUCGAUUGUGUUUUAGUGGCGGUUGGUGUAAGAUCGUUCGUGUGUGGGCGGGGGAGGGAGAGGGCAGAUCGCUUUCACUUGCCGUACCGUUUGUCUUUUGUCGGGUGGGUGUUUGACGAGUGCACCACGUGUAGCACACGCAUGGAGAACGCGUAGCGCACGCUCGAAGUUCGAUGUUCGUUUUUUUUUAGACACGUACAGCAGUACCACUUGUCUUUUUUUUUGUGGUGUUUUUUUACAGAUGACCAGGGGGGGGGGACACGCAGAGCGAACGUGUGGCGCACGACCAAAGUUCGUUUUUUUUUAGACACGUACAGCAGUACCACUUGUCUUUUUUUUUGGGGUGUUUUUUUACAGAUGACCAGGGGGGGGACACGCAGAGCGAACGUGUGGCGCACGACCAAAGUUCGUUUUUUUUUAGACACGUACAGCAGUACCACUUGUCUUUUUUUUUGUGGUGUUUUUUUACAGAUGACCAGGGGGGGGGGACACGCAGAGCGAACGUGUGGCGCACGACCAAAGUUCGUUUUUUUUUAGACACGUACAGCAGUACCGCUUGUUUGUUUUUGGUCGGUAUGUUUUUCACCAACCACCGUCUGCAUUCGUAGAUGCUUCGGAAACAACGUCUCCUCACGACGCGAACUUAGUCAAAUACAACGUAAAAAACGUUUUGAACGCGGAUCCAUUCCCGAUACCGUUAUCCCGGGCUGUGGGAGCUGACCGUCUACGCCAUGAUGCUGUUCAGCCAACACUGUCUCCCUAGAGGCAACAUCGUGAAGUCAGAAAAAAAAAACAUAUCUGUUACCAUCUCGCAUCACGCAACUAUGACAUGACAAAAUUCCCCCACACAGGGGGGAGGGUGCUCACCCUUACCCUACACGCCAAAUGUUAUAAAAUAAAUGCGUUUGGAAACCUACAUUUUUCUUCAACGUCUCUGCAAUUCGAAUUUUCUCGCGCAAGAGAUGCACAACGCAGGAAUGACACCCAAACAAACGACGUAAUGAACAGCGACAAUACGUACCGAAACAACACGAAAUCUUACCGGACACCACUCGUAGAAUACCCCGGUUUAUGGUGUUUGUAACACAUAAAACACGACCUCCGCGAAAUUGCCCGAAACGUCCUCGUAGAGGCGCAUGUGGAUUUCGCGCCCGACCCUCUCCCCCCAAACAAAAAAAAACUUUCUCACCAGCCCGUGCGCCUUCCCUUCCCUUUCCCCCCCCCCGCCCUACCCCACCAGAGGUGUUGCAUUCCCGACCACGGUCCACAUCCGCCGCCCCGGCCCCGGCCCACGCUCCUCAAAGGCCACCACGGCCGCAUUUGCCUCGUUUCAUCCAUCAUCCAUGCACUACGUCCUCGGGACCCACCCUCCACCGCAGCCCGCCCGCGUUCGAUCCCUCACGUCUUCCUCGCUGCGUUGCGCACCAAGUUGUGCUUUGGGCGGUACUGGCGCUUGUUGUCCAGCAUCAUCGUGAUCCCCUUGCGCGUGGAGACUUCGCCUGACCUGGUCGGUUUCUGCGCGUCCUUGGUGGUCGUGCUGAAAGAUCCUGGCAUAGUCUUGUCGACGAGUAGGUGGGGGCGUGCCUGGACCACCUCCGCGUCUUCUUCCGACCGUUAGGAGCAAGAGUCUUCACGAAGAGGCCAUCCCCCGCAGCUACCACACCUUGAAAGGCGCCGCCCGGGCUUUUUUCCUGAGGAGGGACAUGGCAGGCGGGGAGGGACACAACAGAGGCGCUCUUAGAUUCGUUAAAGUUUGAUUUUCGGGCAGCGGCAAGCCCAUCGACUACCCCAGAAAAAACGUACAGGUGCUUCCCGGUCGCUCCUCGUUCGGUGCGUCUAGACAACCAGGAUAUUAUGCCGAGCGGAGGAUCGACAUGCAUGCAUCCAUGCUAUCGGCGUCAUUUGUUUUGGGUCAGGCUCUGAAGCAGUAGUACCUUGUAUAUUUACCAUACACGUUAGGAGGCCUGUAGCCUACGGAAGAGGUGAAGUUGAAUUGCUCUUUCGACACCAGACCCGGUAGGCAUACCACAGCACAACACCUGUCUGUCCAUUUUCGCCGCCUUGCCUGUUUUUGGCCAUGUUCGCACGUACGUCGGUUCGCAUACUGUAAUCUAUAUUCAAAGUAAUGUUGAAACUAAAUCGCCACCAAACACGAUCAUGUUCGUUCACAACAUCAUAGUCACCUGCCUGGAAUGCAAACAUGCAAUCUACCCUGCUGCUGUUAAUUAUUUAGUGUGUCAUUUCCGCACCUCCCAUUCUGCCGCCUGCCGGGUGCACUCAUCCUCGCUCUGCGGAAAAAAUAACGGCCCAACCUCUGCUGUGCUGUUGAUGGCAUCCACCACCUGCCACAAGAUGCUGAAGGCCGUCUCCUUGGACACGCCGAAAAGCACGGCGACAUCGAGAUACGAAGCACCGGCCAUCAUCCGCAAGCCGAUAGCUAGUCGGAUCUUCGUGGGAACAGCACCGCCUUGAUACCGUUUUCCUGUUUCGCAUGAAGCACAGAAUAAGCAUAGCGUGAACGUAUCAGCAGACGAAAAUAGCAAGUUCUGGGCCAAGAAAGUGUUAUCCUCACCCUAGUCAGACACCGGAGGUCACCGUCCUGCUGUGUAAACCGUCCUGCUGGUGUGAGAGUGCGGGCGGUGGUGCUGCGGGAUGAUUCGGAUUGAUUCCUACAG